GAUGGGUUAGAGGGGGUUAGAGUGAGGCGGUCGAAGCGCAGUAGGGGGGGGGUUCAGUCACGCUGUUGUUGCUGUGCCGUGUGAUUCCGCUGCCGCCAUGGUGAAAGUCUCCUUUAACUCGUCGCUGAGUCAGAAGGAGCCCAAGAAGGAUGAGAACAACGAGGCGCUCAUAAUCCCCGAGAAGGAUCCAGAGGAUGUUGUUGUUCCAUUUCGACGCCAGUCUCGUGUCUGGUGCUGGUGCAUGUGCCUUGGACUAGCUCUUAUGCUGUCUGGUGUGGUGGUUGGCGGUGCAUAUCUCUACAGAUAUUUUAUCUUGCAGGAAGGUGAAGUUUUCUUUUGUGGCCUCAAGUAUAGUGAUCCUAAAGACUACCUUGUCUCAGAUAUUGAAGCUGAUCCACAAGUAGCUCCAUACCAAUCGAUUGAAGAAAACCUUCGGAUCCUGAAGGAUGAUGGAGUUGAACUGAUCAAUGUUCUUGUACCUGAAUUUGCUGAUGGCGAUCCAGCAGAUAUUGUUCAUGAUUUCCACAGGGGCCUGACAGCAUACCUGGACCUCAGUUUGAACAAAUGCUACAUGAUUCCAUUAAAUACAACUAUUGUCAUGCCACCACAGAACUUGCUUGAAUUGCUAAUCAACAUCAAGGCUGGUACCUACUUGCCUCAGUCUUACCUGAUUCAUGAAGAGAUGGUGGUUACUGAGUACAUUGAAAAUGUGGAUGAGCUUGGAUUCUUUAUCGCUCGUCUUUGCCGUGGGAAAGAGGCCUUCAAGCUUCAACGUAGAGAGCUUGGAAUAGGUAUUCAAAAGCGAGAUGUAAAGAAAUGUUUCACAAUUCGCCAUUUUGAAAGCCGUGUUGCAGUUGAAACUCUCAUCUGUGAACAGUAAUUGCAGAAGACAACCAGCGCAGGCUCAGUGCUGAGCCCAGAAAAUCACUUUCUUUUUUUCUGGUGUGCAAUGCAUUUAUCUUUUUAACAUAGUGAUGUAAACAGGGUUUAUUUUGUACAUCUGCAAUUUUCAUCUCAGCUUAACUACUAUUGGAAGUGUCGGAUGCAAGCAGACUUUUAAAGGUGCAAUAGUAGAUUGUGAGAAAAGGCUAACAGUAAGGCUUCUAAUCAUUUCAAUAGUGGGCUAUAUAUUAGACUGGAAUUUAAUUCACAAUUAAUACUUCCUUUAAAUAGGUGGGAAAAAACUGGAGAUUUUUCCGCCUUAGUUUUUUUUCCCCCAUUUCAAAUACCUAUAUUCAUCUAUAUACACUGGGGUUGGGGUGGGAGAGAAGAUAUGGUAAGUCCAUGCUGAUUUUGUGUAUAUAACCUGUGUAAGGUAAAAGAUAACAAAAUAAAAUCUUUUAAAAUUG